UGGUAUCUCGUCUCCAGGUACCUUAUGUUACAGACAAGUACAAGCAGAUGCUCGAACUAGAGCCGAUGCUGGGCUCGGACGAGACAACCUCCCAGCCGCGUCAUUGUCCAGGACAGCAGGGCCGUCGCUGCUACAUACCACCACUUGACUUCUACUUGUGUACUUUCCAACACUUGAAAAUUCCCUCCCACAAAGCUUCGCAAGCCCACGACCCCAGUUCUACCCACAACCGACGAUCUUGGUUCUCGGACUAGACCAAAUUCAGCCUCGAUAAGAGCUGGGAGUUUGCAAAGUCUGCAAGUCGGUGCACAGACGUCACAAGCAUGGUAAAACCUUCAAAUGGUUUAGAGCGAUCAACUCGACAGCUGUUGACCUCCGACGAGGCUGCGGCAUCUGAAUCUAAACGAUCGGACGGCAUCUUGAAACCGCAAUGUGCCCGAUGGCCCGAGCGAAGCUCCAUAUCAAACAAAGACCGCUGUGGCAGCAGAGCAUUGUUCUCGCCCCCAAGGGAAUGCUUAGCCCUUUAUCCAGGUAGUCGGCAUUUAUGGUUCAGUGCAAACCGGACAGAUCAACCUUUUGUGGUCAAAUGCCCGUUGCGCGGAGAAACUGCGGCUCGUUUCCAUUGGGGCCUGUCUGAAACAAAUCAAAGAAGCGAGACUGGCACGCGGAGGAGCACACUUGGUCGGGGUAAGCGAAGAUUGUCGUCGACAGCGAUCACUUCGUCACGUUGGUUAGCCUGAUGAUUCUCGAGAUGUCGACCAGUACAUCAUUCUUCAACAACAAAGGCGAGUCGCUGGAAUAUGUCCUCUUUGCGCAAGGCCCCUUACUAAUAAUCAUACUACGGUCCCUGGUCCCUGGACCUUUCGGUGCCGAGAAGUGGCCAUCUCCGCCAGCAACUAAGCCCAAAGUGCAGAAACGUCAGCACUAAUUUCAUUGGAUCAAGGGGCGAAACUGGACAAACAAGAGAAACAAGACUCAAGCGAUCUUCCAGAAGGCGCUCGAUGAAAAGCUUCUUCGCGCGAAGAAAGGAAUAGCCGACGCGCAGUCUCGACUGGCGGCAAGGACUAGGAGCUUCAAUCAAGGUCGUGGAUCGAGCGACGACUAAUCUCACAUCCUUUUAUGUCGUUCAGCCCUCUCUCCUCUGCCUUACGCAUACACUUCGCGGCCUGCCGUUUCUGUCUGCUGCAAGUAUAGCCGAGGAGAAUCCUCCGACUGCUCAGUUCCCCCCCUUUCUCUGCCGCGCUGCAGAAGAAGAAUUGAGAUACACUACGGCUCCUUUGGCCAGCGCGUCUACAACUCGCAGAGGUCUUUCGGUCUCACUAAGGACGAAAUUCUACGCCAGCGGCUAAUUCCAGUUUCACAAGCAUUUCACCCUCAUGGCGCUGUCCUAAAUCAUAACCCAUCACCACCGCCCGGACGCUGAUGAACUAAUCAGCCCUAUUCAGCCUGAUGGGAGCUCGCGAGUUCAUUGGUCACGACAGUCAGAACCGCAGUCGAGAUGGCUUCCCUGGAGAAGAGAAAGGCGAGCAACAGGCGAUUAACGCAUCUCGGGGGUUCGUGACCAAGGCGAAGCUCAUUAUUACCCCACUGGAUUCCCAUCGACGCGAGGACUUUGCGUCGUAUCCGUCAGGGGCGGGACCUCUCUCAACGGAGAGUGUUGAUGAAUACAUUUCCAUUCUCCGCAAGGAAGAACUGUGUUUGAAAAUCACUCCCGAUGUCGAGCAUCCAGCGAUAUCAGUCGUCUUUCCGUUGUCGAUGCAGGACCCAGGUCUCUUCAAAUGUCUGCUCGUGGGAGCUCAAAGCCUGCAUGACUGGCGUCGAGAUCCCUUUCAUGUCAACCGGUCCCGAACCAUGCUCAAAUUGCAGAACGAAGCCAUCCUGUCUCUGCGAAAACGCCUUUCCGCACCCUCCGCCCAUCUCGACGAUGGUGUCUUGAUUUCAAUCACUCAUUUGAUGAUCGCCGAUUCGUGUCGCAGGGACUUGACGUCUCUGAAAUCUCAUCUCAAAGGGGCAAGGCAAAUCAUCUCGCUACGUGGCGGACUGGGAAUCACACCUGCCCACCUCGCGAUCCGGGCUCUUUUGACGACAGUUGAGUUUUACAUUGCGCUGGGCCAAUACCUUCAAAUCAGCCCUGAUGACCCGACUGCCAUCCCUAAUAACCAAAUUGAAUACAUCCGACAUCCAUUCCCUCCGGACAUCUGCCGCGAUGUUGCUACCCUUCCCGUUGGCCUUGCUGAAGCAGCCCUUUCCGGGCAUCUGAGUGUUCAGUGCAUCAAGCUCCUUGCUUCGGUCGCAUCAUGGGCGCCCCUAGUCAAUGGGCCCGCUUUUUCUGAGGACAAUCAAGAGCAAGAUCCGAAAGACCGAUAUUGCAGGCUCUUCUGUGAACCUAGAGAAUGUUCCCGAAGCGCUAUAAUGAUCCUGCUUGAUCUCAAAAGGUCUGGCUUGCCAGUUGGCUUGGAGCAUGUCAUCUGCCUAGGCUUAGCCAUCGCCGUUCGUCACCUCAGUGGCGAGAACCGUACCAACAUCUUCGACACUGCCUCGCUCGCCGCGUUGACCAAGAGUGUCAAAGGCAUCGACAACCCCUCCGUUUCAGACUCUGAAGUCAUCAUCUGGCUUUCCCUGGUCAUCAGCUGGCGCACACAAUCUGCGAAGCCUGUACCAAAGGCAGACGCUCUCUUGGACUACGUUCUGGAUUCAUUCCCAGCGGCUCGUUCCUGGAAGAAACUAUCAGUCAUAUGUCGGAAAUUCUGGUGGUACGAGCGUUUUCACGCGGAAUGGGAGAAAUGCUGGUCUCGCGGAAUUGCACGACAGCAGCAGCGGUCGUUGAUGGAACAAUCUCGUACCGUGAGCUCCAGAAGACGAUCAUCGGUCGGCCAAUCAGCGAGCAUUGCAGCUCUUCAGAAAUACACCGCGCAUAUCGAAUCUGGGUGAAAUACAGCCUCUGGUGAUGGAAGUGACACGAGGAAGUCCGACCAAACUUAGUCCCACGGCGCGGGAAUGCUCAGCAAUUGCUCUGCCUUUGUCCCUCUGUCGACAACCUGAUGCAGCCAUGGGCCUCUUCCCAGCCUAGGUUGAACCCACUGACUUUCUUGCUCUGUGAGGAGCUUCUGAGUUCCGCUCUAAGUCUCGCAUGAGUGUUGACCCUGAACCUCCUGCUAGGCGGCACAACUAAGCCAAUGUUCCUAGUGUCUUCGUGACAUCAGAAGGUCACUAUGCUCCCUAACGACUUAACUAAUUACAAAGGGACGGAAACGAUGUCAACAAUCGCACUGCAUGUGAUAGAUUUGGGCUUUCUGAGAAAACACUCUGCCGGAAGACCCAGAAGUGCACAUCCUGGCAGACUUGAAAGGGGGGAAUAUCGAUUUCGACGGCAGAAUUUGCCAUGUUGGCAGCUUCCUCUCCAGGCGCAGUUGGAUGACGGACGGCCAGUUGCUAGACACUCACCGUACCAGCACGUUCUUCACCUUGUCCAUCCGUUCUGGCCGAUAGUACAACACCAUCUUACAUCGAGCUUGUCCUGCGCGAAACCAGGGUCUCAUCUUUCCCGCUCUCCCUCAGUCAUAUGGGCCUCAUGAAGCACUGCCGUCUCCUCUUUAGGUUCGUCAGUUCCAUGCACACCUCUGAGCCGUCGAGGUUUCCUUCUGCGCUGGGUCUUUUGUACGCUGGGGAUUCUUGACACACCAAGAUUUCCGAGGACUUGAGAGGGGAGCUAUUUUCCAAGCCCAGGCUUUUCGCAUUGGGGGAGGGAUGGCACGCAAGACCCUUCUAGUAUAGCGCCAAUGCAGCCAGUUGCGCCCUCUUCUGUUCUCUUUGAAGUGGCGACUCGUUGAGAAAGAGAAGGAGGCUCACAGUAUACUCGUGACAAUGGUGAAUUUCACAUAAUCGUGUUCGAUAACGAUGCUGGGAAGCAUCUGGGCGCAGGGCGUGCGGCCGAAUCAACACUUUGCGUCGGAGUUCGAGGUUCGCUGGGCUGCGGGAGGUAGAAAGAGGGCUCGAUAUUGUUGACCAAACCGUUGUCUAGGCCGUGCUCGAGGCUGUAGAGGCUCCUUGCUCAGUUAGCGCGCUAUUCGAAUGCAGUGCAUCUUCAGGGGAUGUUGGAAGUGCCAAAGUUAUUGCUCCAUGUGUUACGGGCUCGACGGGGAGUACGUGGCCCGUAGAACCAAUGACACGGACGAAGCAACGGUUGCCGCCCAUAGGACGUGGGGCGAGUCUUCGAUAGACACCGUGUAGAGCGCUUGGUUGGGCGGUUACACGCCUUGUUCGGCCAGUGAAGGAGUCGCACAAAAUAGCAACCGAGCAAGCAGGGCUCCUGGUCCCGCUUGACUAUCACGAGAGCGGAA